CGCGUUUAUAAACCCAGGAUUGUUACACUACUCCCUCCUUCCAAGGGUCCUUACAAUACUAUAGAUGUCCUUUUCCACCACGUAUAAUGUUUUUCUGACAACGCAUUACCCCACCUCUAUCCCAAAUAAUGUAUCUACUUUUUCAGACGUGGUCCGGAAUCAUCCAUCCCAGCGUUUUCAACAUCACAACUGAAACCUAUGACCCAUUCUAGGCCUUCUACUGCUUACAAUUACCUCACUAUCAUAACAUUACAGGUAUCGUGCACUAUAUAGAGAAUAGGGUGCCAUUUUGGGACACAAUUUAAAAACAUUUUUUUUUUAUGCUCUACUAUUCGAUUGAUUUUCCCUUUGUACAUCUUUACCGCCUUCCUUACCGCGAAAAUCGAAAAUGAUCAUACAGUCGUUACUGGUAAUGACACUUGAGUGGGCCGCUGGUCUGAAGUGUACAGUAAAGAGAGGAGGAGGAGGAGGUGUGCGCUAUUCAUACCAACAUUACAUUACGCACGGGCACACUAGAGUGGAACAGGUGACAAGAACACCAGUAACACAGAAGACAUGGCCUCAGACACCAAGGCCACAGACCCACUGGAGGUACUGAGACAGCAAUGUCUGGCCAGGGGAGUGGCUGGCAUCAAGGGACUGGCAAGGACGUUCCGCAUCAUGGACGACGAUGGCAGUAAGUCUCUGGACCUGAAGGAGUUUAUUAAGGGACUGGAGGACUAUGGUGUGGUGGUGAGCAGAGAGGAGGCCCGGCAGAUCUUCACACUGUGUGACAAGGACGGCAGUGGCAGCAUCAACUUCAACGAGUUUCUGGAGAAUCUGAGGCCUCCCAUGUCCAGUGCCAGGAUCUCUGUGAUCGGCCAGGCCUUUAAGAAGUUAGACCGGACAGGGGACGGAGUGGUGACUGUGGAGGACCUGAGGGGGGUCUACAACUGCUCACAACACCCCAAAUAUAAGAGUGGGGAGUGGACAGAGGAACAGGUCUUCCUAACCUUCCUCAGCAGCUUUGAUUCCCCCAACGACAAAGACGGCAAGGUAACUCAGGAGGAGUUCAUGAACUACUACAGUGGAGUGAGUGCCUCUAUUGACAGCGACGGAUACUUCGUUACUAUGAUGCAGAGUGCCUGGAAGCUGUAGGCACCGCUGGCUAUCUACAUUUACGUGUAUUCUACUAAUAUAUUUGGCUAGUCAUAAAAAGGCACCUUUGCAUUUAUUUAGAACUUAUGUAUGUGUACAUGUGAGAAAAUAGACAAAAUGCUAGUUUAUAGUUUUUCGAUGGAACAGAAUAGCUUUAAAUGCACAGAUACAACCGAUUUCUACUGAAUGAUUUAUAUAUAUUACAAAUAUUAAUCACGUUCCUUUGUGCCAUAUUGCUUUGUCUUGUUAAGAUCCCUCUUAUGGUUUAAGCUACAUCAUAAUUAUGCAAAUGUUUUCCAAAUAGACUACCUUUCUCGUAGCACAACGAGUGUUCCUUUAAAUAUGCCUUAUCUACUUGCACAUAAGCUCACAGAUCGGGACCACCGUGUGCUGAAGCGAGUAGCGAGGUCCAUACAGAAAUGGUUUCUCGAGAUCGGUUUGGAAGAAUUUGACUGGCCUUCAGCUAUUUGUUAGUCAGCUUGUCUAUAAUGAGAAAUGAGAAGCUAUGUUUCAUGGGAAGACUAAAUAAACUCUUGCUCACCA